GUUUAUGUUUUGAGCGCAGUCAGCAACAGAUAUAUACAUAAUGUAUAGUAGAAUUUAUUUUUAUGCAUUAUAUUUAUGUUCCCCGAGUUAACUUUUAACGUUUGAGUAAAUGUUUCGUUUCUACACGUUAAAUGAAACAGUUUAAACAAAAAUCCAAAAAUUCACAGCCUUUUUUAUAUGUUCUGUCAAACGUUAUAGACCGCUAUGAAGAGAAGACACACACCUUGUUUAAAACCCUUAUUCGAAAAAUGGCUGGAAGAAUGGAAGGAUUAUGCAAUUCAAACGGGUAACCCUAUCCACUACAGUUAUGGGAAAGCCCUAGCUUCUCUCCGACAAUGUCCUUUGCGUUUUGAGUCUGGAAAAACUUGUCUUUUAGUUCGCAACUUUGGACCAAAACUGUGCGACAUGCUGGAUAAAAAACUGGCUGCAUACAGAGCCGAAAACAACCUACCGCCAAUUUCUGAAGAACCAAUUGUUCUUGCCCAUGUUGAAGCUGGAGGGAAAGUUCGAAAGAUUGAUAAUCAGAGUGCAAAAGCCAAACAAGGGGAUGAUGCAGGAAAAAAGGUAGUGACCAGUCCAAUAAUAUGCAGGCCAUACAUUCCCAAAGUUGGUUCUGCUGCUUAUGCUAUUUUAGUGACUUUGUACAAAAAGUCCUUGGAGCCUAAUUAUCCUGGCUAUAUGUUUAAGAAGGAUAUUAUAACAGAAGCCCAAAGUAAUUGUGAUUGUGAAAUGAAGAGUAAUGCUUUGCAGCAUUAUGCAGGAUGGAGUUCUAUGACAACGCUUAUAGAAAAAGAUUUUGUUGUAAAAAAAAAUUGUCCAGCAAAAUAUAGUUUGACUGAUGCUGGUUUAGCUUUAGCAAUAUCCUUGUACGAAGGUAAAUCCAGUUAUCAAACGGAUGAGGAGGAAGGUGUAAAUAUAAAUGACAGGAUUUCUCCACCAUCUACUUCUAUAAGUAAUGAAUCUAAAAGCACUAAAUCAGAAAGUAAUGGAUCUAAAAGCAGUGGAUCAAAAAGUAAUGGAUCAAAAAAUAGCAGGUCUAAAAGUAGUGGAUCUAAGCUGUCCGAGGAAAAUUUAAACAACCAAGACAUUGUAAACUUAUUUGAUGACUACGAUGAUGAUGUAUUUGAACGAGAUACUAAAGAGACUGAAAAUACAAAACUAGAUUUCUGUGAGAAAAUGAAAAGCAAAACUUUACAUAAAGCAAGCACUAAGUCUGCUAGCGAUUCUGAUGAUGAUUAUGAUAAAUUUUGUAAAGAAAAUCCCGAAUCUGUGAUUACUGUUAAAAGAACAGAGCAACAUUUUAUUUUUAGAGAAGUUAUAGAAUCACGUGGUCCUUUAAAUGAAAUUAAUAAUAAAAUGGAUUCCCAAGGCUUUGUUGAUGAGGGUCAAAAGCAAAUAGAAACAGCCAUAAAAGGAAAUGAAAAAGUUGUGGAGAAGAGUCAUCCAAAAAAGAAUUCUGUAGAUGAUACGACUUCUGAAGGUGUCUUUUUGCUGGCAAAUAAUUUUGAUAUCAUACUAUUGGUUGAUACACAGGAAACUUCUGGAAAUAAAACCAAACCUAAAGAUGAUGCCACAAUUUCUGAACUGAGCAAAAGUGGCAUCUUGUAUGAAGUAAGAAGUUUAAAGGUUGGAGAUUUUUUAUGGAUAGCAAGAUGCAGACUUACAGACAGAGAGCUCGUUCUUCCAUAUAUUGUUGAGAGAAAACGAAUGGAUGAUUUAAGUGGUAGCAUUAAAGAUGGAAGGUAUCGCGAACAAAAGUUCCGUUUACGUCAAUCAGGCAUUGAAAAUGUCACCUACUUGGUUGAAAAUUAUGGAGGUACUGUUUCUGGUUCAAUACCAUUGACUUCUUUAUUCCAAGCAGCAGUCAAUUCCUUUAUUCAUGAGGAUUUUACUAUUAAAUUCACCAAGGACCAUAGAGAUUCUAUGAGAUAUUUAAGUAGAAUGACAAAAUCGUUAACAAGCAAAUUUGAAGGUAAAGAAUUAUGGUGCUGCUCCAAAAAAGAUGUACAGCCAGGUCGACUGAUGGCGUUUCACGAAUUUAAUAAAGCUGCGGUAAAAACUAAAAAACGUACAGUUAAACAAAUGCUAGUUCACCAGUUAUUGCAAUUAAAAGGAGUUUCGGCUGAAAAAGCUAUGGCAAUUGCCGAUUUAUAUCCAACUCCAAAAAUUCUGACACAAGCGUUCCAUCAAGCAGACGAUAAACUACUGGCAAAUAUUGAAUCAGGUUCAUUAAAGCGAAAGCUUGGACUUACUAUAAGCAAAACUUUUCAUCAAUUAUACACAAGAUAUAACUUAUCGUAAUAACAAAAAUUCGCUAUUCCUUUCACCUAUUUUAUUUUGUCAUUAAUUUUAUUAGUUUUUUUCUCAUUUGUACCAAAAGGACAAAAACAUUUUCGCACUUUUAAUUAUUAAGUUGGAGCAGUUUAAUGAGACAAUCGGAAUGAAAUAUAGAUAUUUUAAAGUAAAGAGAGAUUCCAAAAUACCCUAAUAACAUAAAAAUUGUAGGAACCAAUUUUCAUAACAAGAAACUGUUUAUUACAGAAAUUUUACCUUCAACUUUUUUUUUUUUUUUUUUUUUUUUUUUGUAAACAUGGUUUAUUUACAAA